AUGGCGUCAGAAGCCGACGAGGUUGCGGAGGAUUACCGUCAUGCUCUCGAAGAUCUCUCUUCCAACAUGAGAUUUGAAAUCAGCAACUUGACGGUGAUUGCGCGCGAGAACACGGAACAUGCCCUGGCCAUUGCCGAAGUUUUGCAGCAGCAUAUUCUAAAGGCACCCCCAAGCAAAAAGCUACCGUCCCUCUACGUUUUGGAUUCCAUUGUGAAAAACGUCGGAACACCGUACACGCUAUAUUUUGGCCGGAACUUGUUCAAAACCUUUAUGGAAUCCUAUGCCGUCGUGGACGGUAAUGUGCGCAGAAAGAUGGAAGAAAUGCUCAAGACAUGGAAAGAUCCCGUGCCAGGAUCCAUGGACACACGGCCAGUCUUUUCCCACGAACUGGUUCGCCCGAUAGAGAAUGCCCUCAUGAAAGCCAGGGCGGCAACGAUGCCUCAACAAGGCCCGAUCCCUGGACGACCUCGAUCCUCCUUGUUGCCUCACAGAGAUACCCCUACACCGCCAGGAACGCGAGGGCCAAACGGCCCGCCCGGCCCUUAUCCUCCGCAGUUCGCCUACCCCAACGGUGGUCGACCGGGUGAUCCGGUUCCCUAUCACGCACAACCACAGUAUUCCGGAAUCCUUCCAACCCCUCAACUGCAUGGGUCUACCCCGGCCAUCUUCCAACCACCUCUUGCUGGACCGUAUGGGUCUAUAGGGGCAAGGGCAUUGGCUGGAGUAAGCGUAGAAACACUGAGUAAUGACAUUCAGAAUUUGAUUGUUGCCGCCAAGGCAGAGUUCACUCAGAACCCACAUGAUGCUAGUAUUCAAAACAGACUAAGAGCUCUGCUCGAUCUUCAAGGGCUUGUGCAACGCGCUAGCUUGCCUCCCGAUCAGCUUGAGCUCAUCAAGAACAAAGUAACUGAACUUGCUGCCGUGACGAGGAAGGCCCCAUCAUCUCAUACCCUCCUCGCUCCAGUUCCAGCAUACAUGGCGCCUUUAAGCCAGCCAGCACCACCACCAGCACCACCACCACCUCACUCUGCAUCUGUAACCCCAAACCCAGUGUCAGCGACGGAGCCGAAGCCUCAGAUUACCCUCGACUCUCUCUUGGGCCCGGGAGCCAUGGCAGCGUUGAUGGCGAGGCACGCAGCGGCGUCGCAUAGCGCAACAUCUACACCACCUAUACCGGACGCAUCUGUCCGAUCGUCGACUUCUCUGCAGACGCAAGCGCCCAAACCGGCGUCUUCAACCCCAAAGGCUUUGUUGGAGCAACUGCGGCAAGCUGGCAUGCUCCCGUCUAGUGCGCCAGCGAAACCGGCACCGCCAGCGGCCGCUCCUCCCGUCACGCCUCAACCAAUCUUGCCGCCGAACAUCACCAGCAUAUUAGCUUCAGCCAAAGCAGCAGCAGUUAGCCAGCAGGGCUUCGGUGGCGUCAGCACAGGCUCGAUAAACGAAGCUGCGUUGAAGCAGCAGCAUCGCCCUGAUGCUGUUGCGGCCCUUUAUGAUAAUCUUGGACCUCCAUGCACACAGUGUGGCCGCCGGUUCAAGACUGACGAGCAGGGGAAAAGGAGGAAAACGGCUCACAUGGACUGGCAUUUCCGCGUUCACCAACGAACUACCGAAGCCGAGAAGAGAGGCACGCACCGGAGCUGGUACGUGGAUCAUCAGGAAUGGCUCCGCUCCCGUGAGAUUGUGGACUCGGAUCACGUCGCACCGCCGGAUGAGGGACGGGAGCAGACGGCGGAGGAUGAAGGCGAACCGCAGUACAUCCCGGUACCCGAUCCGUCCAGGGGCAUCAGCAACGUGUGCCCGAUUUGCCAGGAGAAGUUUGAGAACAAGUGGCUCGACACGGCGCAGGAGUGGGUUUGGCUUGACGCGAUCCUAGUCGGCAACAGGGCGUUUCACGCCUCUUGCCAUGCCGAGGCAGCAAGGGACCGCGAGGGCACCCCGGGCUUCCCUCGAAGGACUCCAGAGCCCGUUCUAGGCAAAAGGAAGGCCGACAGCAGCAUUUCAUCAGUCAAGGUUCGAACACUGAAGACGUCGGUCUAG